AUGCGGAUUUUGUUAUUAAAUUGUUUUCAGACGCACAAACUUUCAUCGCAAUUCAGUCUUUAUGGUGAUUUGUAUGUGUCUUGGGAAGACGAGCGUUUGAAAUGGGAUGAGAAGGAAUGGCAGCUGGAUGAAUAUACGUUACACGAUAAUCAUCACAUAUGGAAACCAGCAAUCAACGAUGAAUUUUAUUCAAGGUAA